AUGCAGCGUCCCAAAUGGAAAUGGCCCAAAAAAAACCCUGCAGACAUAGUUGAACACGCAGCCUUGCUCGGCACCGACUUCAAGGCUGUUCAGGCGGCAGCACAAGAUCACGAAGGCAUAGAGAAGGGUCUGGUCGAGGUCGAGAGCCGCGCUUACAGUACUUCCAGUAUAUCCGUAGAGGAACGAGACCUCAUAAGCCACACGGUUCUCGCAGAAAUCACUGCCGAGACUGCCGCUACCUUCCACAACAGAGUCCCUCAAUAUCUCUUCAAGGUACUCCAGGACUCAUACAGCGAACUCAACCUCAAGCUUGUCAUCCAGCAGAAUGCUGUUUCACAACAGGGGGCCAGAAUGGCGGGAACAGCUUUUGGAAACGAGGUCCUGCCUCACACCCCACCCGAUUCGCCACUAGAAGAAACCGACUGCGAUGUGUCGUUCUACUAUGGACCUGACACAGAGGCUGUCGCCGAAGACGAUUGGUGCAAGGAUACGAACAGAGUAGAGAAUUGGGGCCAGCAAGCUCAAGGCUCAAUUGCUAGAGGUGGAACAGAAAACGCUAGCAAAAUUAAGGAAGAGAUGCAAGGAGUGGCGCUUGAGGGAAGAGCCGUGGACAAAGGACGCACCGAUAUUCUAGGGGCGAUGCAAAAGAGACGGCUGGUGCAAGACAGGACAGGAGACUACGGACCAGAGGCUGUGGGCUACAAUGUUUGCGAAGACCCAGAUUCAUAUGUUGCAAAGAAGAUCAUAUCGCGCGCGCCGUCCUGA